CUUCCUGCCAACCCUAACUCCGCCCACCCAGCGCUCUUUCCAGGGCUGCAUGCAAGCGAUCCUAUUGGACGACCAGCCUGCUGAUCUGCAUUCAUUGGAGAAAGGCAUUUUGGGAGCUUUUGAGAAUGUCAGCCUGGAUAUGUGUGCCAUCAUAGACAGGUGUAUGCCUAAUCACUGUGAACACGGAGGCAGGUGCAGGCAGACCUGGGACAACUUCAGCUGUACCUGCGAUGGGACCGGGUACACCGGAGCCACCUGCCACACUUCCAUCUAUGAGCCAUCGUGUGAGGCCUACAAGCACCAGGGAAGGUCCUCAGACUCCUACUGGAUAGACCCAGAUGGAAGUGGUCCUCUAAGCCCCUUCAAAGUCAACUGCAACAUGACAGAGUACAAGGUGUGGACCACAGUAGCCAACAGCAUGCCAGCGCAGACCUCAGUGACAGGAUCCAGCAGAGAGAGACGCACUGUCCUCCAGCUCAACUACAGCGCCUCUAUGGAGCAGGUCACAGCUGUGACCACCAGUGCAGAACACUGCCAGCAGCACGUCUCCUAUGCCUGUCGCAUGUCCAGACUGCUCAACACUCCAG